GGCUGCGCACACGUGGCCCCUCCCCCCUCGGGCUGCGGGCGCUGCGGGUGCGCGAGCGGCACCGGCACCGGCAUGGGCGUGCAUGUGGAGACCAUCGCCCCCGGCGACGGGCGGACGUUCCCCAAGCGCGGCCAGACCUGCGUGGUUCACUACACGGGGAUGCUGGAGGAUGGGAAGAAGUUUGACUCCUCCCGGGACAGGAACAAGCCCUUCAAGUUCGUGAUGGGCAAGCAGGAGGUGAUCCGAGGCUGGGAGGAAGGAGUCGCCCAGAUGAGCGUUGGCCAGCGGGCGAAGAUGACCAUCUCCCCAGACUACGCCUACGGCUCCACCGGGCACCCUGGCAUCAUCCCCCCCAAUGCCACCCUCAUCUUUGAUGUGGAGCUCAUGAAAUUGGAGUGACCACCCCCAGCACCCUCUCCUCGGGUUUGGCACAGGGAGGGCC